AUGCCUCCUCGCGGAAACGAAGGCCUUGACUUUACUCCAAUUCUCACUCAUUAUCUCUUCCUCUUCACCUCCAUCUUGGCCAUAGUAGCAUGGCUGCUGGCUUUCAUAUCCCAGGCGGUCGUGACUGCGCAAAUCGGUCGCUCUGCUGUGGGAGUUAACUGGUUCGGUAUCUUCCUCCAGCUCUUCGUUAUCCUCGGCGUGCUGUACACCCUCGCAUCCGACUCAAUAUCCAUGCACCGUUUCCAAAUAUCUAUCUUUGGCUCGCUUGCCAUCGGUUUUGCUGUCACUGGCACCACCGACGGCCUUUUCGCAGAUGCUGGCUCGCUGAAUGCUAUGGGAGCGGGCUGGCUCAUCCUCUCCAUGGUCGACAUCCUCUGGGUCUUGUACUUCACGUCAGAAGAGGACUCGCUCGCAUUCCAUCUCUUCAACUCAAUGGGCACAGGCGGCCUGACUCCCCCUUCACGAAGACGACGCACCCGCAACCAGGCGUCUAUGCACAACAUGAACGUCAACGGCGGCGGAUACUCAGCAAACUACGCCUCGGGCGGUGGGAUUAGUUCUCAGGACAUCCCAUAUGAUACUAAGGUUGGUGCGGGAAUGGGAAGCACAGGUCCGGGCCUGCGCAGUCAGAACAGCUUCACGCCAAGCGUUGAUGUGGGAGGCGCCGCGAAGAGCAUAGGAGGCGGAACGGGGGCAGGCAGCAUCAACAACCCACCCAGCGCAGGUGCUGGCUCAGUAGUCGGCGACGGGCCUCACUCCCCGCUCAUGGCAGGAAUAGGCUCAGGAAAUGGAAGCGUGGGCGCGCCUAGCUCAGCCCCCGAUAGUACGCUACCAGAGACCGUCUACCGAGCUAAAGCACUUUAUGCAUACACCGCCUCGCCGGACGACCCCAACGAGAUAUCCUUCACCAAGGGCGAGAUCCUCGAAAUUCUUGACAAAACGGGCAAAUGGUGGCAAGGUCGCAAAGCUGAUGGCACGAUUGGGAUCGCGCCAUCUAAUUAUCUUUCAAUCAUCUAG